AUGGAUUAUGAAAGACUGUUGCACAGUAAGAAAACCCUUCCCGGGACCGUGGGCUCUUACAAACCCUCCAGCCUGUUCAGGAGCAGCUCUCUCCUGAGUCACCAGGGAAGGAAAAGUUUGCUAAGUCAGAACCUGGGCCAGAAACCACAAGAAAAGCAGUUGUCCUGUGACAUGCUCCUUAAACUUUCCAGAUAUGUUCUAAUGGAUACCUUUGAACCUAGCUUGGCCUGGAAUCUCUUUCGGUUGUAUAACUGUGAUCGAGAAGUCAACCUGCCCAAAAUUCCUAUCAGUCCUCUCAAGGUGGCCCAGCACAAGGUGAAGCCGUUCUUGCUACGCAGGGUGCUUCGGCUCCUCAGGAACAUGGGAGUGUUGUCGGAAGCUCAGCAGUCCAAGGCCUUCUCUCUGCUCAAGAAGCAAAUGCUUAAACCAAGGAAAACACCGUUAAAGCCCAAAGUGGAACCAGGUGUGAAGGCGCGGGGCCGGGCUCCGCGCUGCCAGGGCGAGGGGUGCCGGCCAGGGGUGGACAUCCCUGGGAGCAAUCGGGUAGGCGGUGGUCCUGUGUCGUGCCGGGAGCCGGCGCUCAGCAUUCAGGCUGAGCUAGAGCCAGGGCUCAGAGUGCUCAGCCCUAAGCAGGAGGGCUGUGAGGAGGCAGGUAGGAAGCAGUCACCGUCUGCAGAAGAGGAGAGGCUGGACGAAGGCUGGUGUGAGGAUGUUUGGGAACGUUCUCGCGCUGCGGAUGUGUCCUGUAACAGGGCGCUGGGAGGAUUCAGCAGUUCUCUGGGUCCCAGGACAGGGUGUAAGAGCGCGGACUGGUUUUGUUUAGCGCAAAUCUGCCAGACGCAGGACAGCACGGGGCAAAGCACCCCCACGGGAAGGUGCCGGGGGGGCCAGCUGCCUCCCAAGAAGGGCCAGGGCAUGCCGAGCCCCGGGCGCCGCUUCGGGGUCUGCGGGCCGGAGUGCCUCAGCCCCCUGCCCUUCCGGGGGAGGCAGCUGGGCCCCCGGCCGCACGCUUCGCACGGGGCUUUUGAGCCCAGCCGGGUGCUCCCCCGGUCUGCAGAGAGCCCCCCCCCGGCCCUCCCCGGGCUGAGGCUCGCCCCGCUCGCCGUGACCCCGGCGAAUGCGGCGGGGAGCCCGCGGCCCCCGUGGACUCGGAGCCGGGGAAGACCUUUGCGUUCGGGCAGCGGGGCUCCCCCCGGCCCCCAGCAUCUGGGCGCCGGUCGCAGAGAGACGUCCAGGCUGGAGGGAUCGUCCCCGGCUGGGAGGAGCCAGCGGCUCCGCUGCUGUAAACAGUGCGGGCACCGCCAGCGGCAGCCCUGGGCGCUGGUGGGGGUCCUCGGAGGGGACCGGCUUUCCACCGCGGAGGAUAAGCGGGAGUACCACGGGAAUGGAACGACGGGGUUAGCCGUAGCCCAGAGAGACUUCCUCACCUACGAUGGCACCCGUUUUACUGUUACUGCUUUCAGCGGGUGGAUAAAAGGGGUGCCUCAUAAUGGAUUUAAAGUGGAAGUGUCCAAAGGAAUAAUUCUUCACUUGGUGGAUGAGGUUACAAGCUGGUUACCUGGCGACCGGAUCGUCGUUGCCAGUACAGAUUAUUCUAUGCAUCAGGCUGAAGAGUUUAAUCUCCUUCCUUGCCCUGAAUGUAAAAGUAAUCAAGUGAAAAUUGACGGCAGCCCACUGUAUCUUCACAUUGGAGAAGUCAUAGAUGGCAUUGAUAUGAGGGCAGAGGUUGGUCUUCUGACUAGAAAUAUACUUAUUCAAGGAGAAAUGGAAGACUCCUGUUAUGGACAAAAUCAGUGCCAGUUUUUCUCCUUUGAUACAUUCGGAGGACAUAUUAAAAUCCUAAGAAAUUUUAGCUCUGUUCACAUGUCAGGAGUGGAAUUAAAAAACAUGGGGCAGCAAAUCCUGGGCAGUUAUCCUGUGCAUUUUCACUUGGCUGAGGAUGUGGAUGAGAGAGGAGGAUACGAACGCCCAACGUACCUCGAUAACCUGGCUAUCCACCACUGCUUCUCUAGGUGUGUUGCCAUACAUGGAACUCAUGGCCUUCUGGUAAAAGACACCAUUGGCUAUGACACUCUGGGGCACUGUUUCUUCCUUGAAGAUGGGACGGAGCAACGCAAUACUUUUUAUCACAACUUGGGCCUCCUCACAAGGUCGGGGACGAUCUUGCCUUCGGAUCGCAACGAGGCUAUGUGCCUUGCUAUCCGCAGCCAUGUCUAUGGGAAUUAUGUUCCUGUGCCGAGCACCGACUGCAUGGCUGUCAGCACAUUCUGGAUUGCAAAUCCAAACAACAACUUAAUAGAGAAUGCAGCAGCUGGUGCUCAGGAUGUUGGGAUAUGGUACCUCUUCCACCGGGUUCCCACUGGACAGUCCGAGGGGCAAUAUCCAGAGGGACAGGCUGAACAUACCCCCUUGGGAGUAUUUUACAACAACAGAGUCCACUCCAAUUUCAAGGCUGGUUUGUUUAUUGGAAAAGGAGUAAAGACAACGAGAGCCAGCGCUGAAGAUCCCAGAGAGUAUCUCACUGUCGAUAAUGCCAGGUUUCGCCCACAUCAAGAUGCUGAUCCUGAAAAGCCACGAGUUCCUGCUGUGAUUGAUGGUCUUAUUGCUUUUAAAAAUAAUGACCAUGGGGCCUGGGCCAGGGGUGGCGACAUUAUUUUCCGCAACUCAGGGUUUUCAGACAAUGGAAUUGGACUCACUCUGGCAAGUGAUGGGACUUUCCCGACAGAUGAAGGCUCCAGCCUGGAGGUUACAUGCUCCAUUUUUGUUGGAGAAAGCAGCAACUUUGGCUCCCAGGGAGGCCAAAACAGCUACUGGGGAAAAGGGGCAAAUGGAGAAUACAGAACGCUGCCCAGAAACAAGACGUUCCCUAUUCGUGGAUUCCAGAUUUAUGAUGGGCCUGUCAGGAUGGCAAAAUGCACUUUCAAGAAGUUCACCCCAACUGUUGACAGAUACUCAAGUGCCAUCGGGUUCUUCAUGAAAAACUCAUGGCAGAUAAGCCCCCAGAAUAAUGUGUCACAGAUCCUGAUGGAGAAAAGUGUUGGACUGAAAGUGUUUUUUGGCAGAUCGGGCCAGUGGUUUGGAAACAAUGAUAAUGACGGUGACAAAAUGUCUGUCUUCCAUGAUCUGGACGGCUCGGUGACAGGGUAUCCGGACACUUUCAUAGGCAGAGCGGACAACUACUUGCUGCGUCACCCCGGGUGCCUCACUGUCCCACGCUGGAACGGGGUGAUGUGUACCGGGAAAUUUGCACAGCUUUAUAUUCAGGCCAGACGCCCCGAGAAUCUGACCUUAUCCAUUGCCAGAGCAACAUACCAUUCCCAUCCCUUGCGGUUGCAAGGCGUGAACAGAGGAGCACCAUACCAGCAGUACCAGCCUGUCGUCAUGCUCGAGCAAGCUUAUAUCAUCCAGUGGGAUGGCAGAGCACCUGAGGAUAUUAUCCUGUACCCGAUCAACUUCAACAGAGGAGACUGGCUGCAUGUUGCCCUCUGCUACCCCAGGGCAGCCGUUUUCCAGGUGAUGGCGGAUAUCUACCAGCGACGGACAGGGACGGUGCACAGUGUAAAGCACUACCUCGCCGCUCCUUCCCGGGCCAGCGCUCUCAACGGGACCGGCGAGCGGCUCUUCUACUUCGACAGAGCAUCGGGGUACCUCUUUGUUCACCUGCAAGCCCACGAAGCUCGUAAAGGGCACAGUUACUGCUCUCAGCAAGGCUGCGAACGUGUUAAAAUCAUGGCGCAUAUGUAUCCAGGGGACACCUGGAGCUGUGACCCAAACCCCUUCCCGGAGAGGCCAGCAGCUGCCCAGCGCCCCAUGUCCCAGCACCCGGCUGCGCCGUGCAGGGCGUGUGGGGCCCCACAGCUUGCUAUCACUAGCACACCAUCAGUCAAGUAUAUAAGGAUCCAGAUCCAGUCUCUCAGCAGGGCGGACAUACAAAACCGCUUGACAUCAGCAUUCAUUAAGAUAAAUGACACAGUUUUCCUAUUCAAUAGCCGUGGGAUAUUCUUUGUGGUGCUAGAUGCAUGUUCAGGAGCAGUCGUGAGUAGGCGGCACUUUGACACAGUUACUGGUGAAAAUGCCGCCAGUGCAAUAACUGAUUAUGUUCAAACAUUUAUAAAAGAGAGAUCACUUGUUCUCGUGUGCUCUAGAGAUAUUGCAGAGGUGGUGGGGAGCUCUGAAAUGCCUGUUUUCACCAGGUUAGGUUCAGCAAAGCCUAUUGUCUUCCACAAGGAAGGGAGUUUUGCCAUGCUUGGCUAUAAAGGACAAGCCAAACCCUCCUGGAUUAAAGUCCUUAAUCAUGCUGGUUAUCAGAAAGCUGCUUCUCUACAGCAUUAUGUUCCCUUGAAGCUGAAGGAAUAUCAAUGUCCAGCUAAUGCCAACGUGUCGCUAAAAUUCUCUUUUUCUCAGAACCACUCUUCUGAGCAUAUCUCUGCAGAGGCUGCGGCUCCCCAGGAUUAG